CAUAUUGAAUGCGUAUCCGGAACUGCAUGGAAACGUUCAUCCUAGCUAUUGUUAGUCUUUGUCACAUAUCAAAAUCUGUGAGCAGCAAGAUUGCUACAUAGAACCAUGAGUCUACGACUGUGAAUGAGUCAUCAUCGCCAUCAACAUCAAAGCUCUAUAUAAUUACCGGGUAUAAUCAUUACCGUCGAAGGCUUCUAGUGAUGAUCCGGGGGUAAUGAUGGCUAGCAGAUACAGAGGCUUGUGUUUAAUUAUUUUCAUCCCAUUGGUCCCUUAUGCCAAAUCCAGACUUUAUAUGUCCUAUAGCGGGAACACUGCUGAGGUUAGCCUUGGCACCCGUGCAGUGUUUGAAUGUUCCUCGUCAUCGCAACUCUCUGAAGACAAAUUGCGAACCGGUCGGAUUGAAUGGGGCAGAAACACGAGAUACUCGGUAUCUACUCAAGUCAUUGCACGGUGGACAAAUGAGAAUGGAAUCGCGAUCUUAGUCGAUAACUCCGAUGAACGAUACAAUAUUGAAGGUGGAAUCUUAUCAAACGGACGUUUCAGACAAUUUCUGACCAUUCAAAAAGUUCAACGGAUUGACCAGACUGAUAGUACUGGGUAUUAUUGUGCUUUAUUCAAUUCUUCAGCGAGUAUGUUGGUUAAAUCUGGAUAUGCUCCAUUGACCGUCAAAUAUCCUCCUGCAGAACAUUAUCCUCUUUGUACCGCGACACCAAAUGACAUCACCAGAGAAGUAAUGCUUGUGUGUACAUCUGAGAAAACUACUCCAGAUGUAACUUUGCAAUGGUAUAAGGACGGACAGAAGGUGUCAGAUGCCCAUCCGACUGGUUACAAAAUGAAAUCGACCCAUGAGGCCCGUGAAGAUGAAUUACGAAGCGAAUUCGAAUGCCGACUACAUUACGUGGACGGAGCUGAUGUUGAGGUUCGUCGAUCCUGUACAUUCAGUAAACCUCGAGUGGCUAUUUUAAGGAUGGGAGAGGAAACUCCAAAUGAAGAAAGUACAUAUCAUGCAUUUGCUGUAUCUAAUCCACCUCUCACAUCCGACAUCAAUUGCACACUGGAAGCAUCUUCAGACACUUCUCAACGUUUCGAUAAAGAGUUUCCUGGUUAUGGGGUGGCAGCCGUUGGACCUGUAGCUCCCACUGAUAAUGGUAGCACACUGGUGUGUCAGGCCAAAAAUGUUUUCGGAACUGAACAUGCUAUGAUGAGGGUUUAUACUAGAAAUGAAAACCAGGACAGGGAAACCACUUUUCCGUCCACUAUGAUGCCAGGCGGUCAAGUUUUACAGACUAAAAUUUGGCCCAAAGAACUUGCCAUCAUUCCGGGGUGUAAGAAUGCUUCGUUCGUGUGUAGCUACAGCUUGAUCAUGUAUUCGCACAUUCCUGCCAAGGUAGAGAUCAGAUGGGAACAUGAUGAUACUAUUACUACUGAGACAGAAGAUAAUGUCCUUUUCAUCACCAAUGCAGAAUAUGAAGAUUUCAGAGAGACAACAGUAACUUGCGUUGCUUCUGUGGUUACCGAUGACCCAAUGAUCAAUACGGUUCCUGAACGCAGAUCUGCAACAAUUCGAAUUGCCAAAGAGAGUUCCUGCGGUCCAAAUUUCGUACGGUCUGGCUCAACAAAAGCACAAUCGCAUUUCGGUAAGGAACAGUGUUUUGUCGCCGCCAUUGUCGCUGUACUCGGAUUAGUGGUGUAACGGUGAACCCGAGUCUUUAACCGAUCGGAAACAAGCUUUUGGAUGGGAGCAAAGAAAUUCUAAUUUUUUCAAUUUAAUGUACCAUUUCAGUUGAUUUGCGUGGUAUUUUAUCAUUUUUUUAUAUACAAAAAUAUGUUAGGAUAUUAUACGUCAUAUAGCUAGCCCUUAUACAAAUACAUUACUUCCUACUUUUUAUUCUCAAAAUUUUUAUAUGAAGUAUACUCGUGUAUAUUAUGAAAAAUUAUUCGAUAUGAAGUUGAAUUCGAAUUUGUUCUCAUCAUCCACAGAUAUUACUUAAUGCAGAUCAGAUACCCAAUGAUUGUAUAAAUCACAGAAGUAACAUAGGGUCUUAUGGUUUGCUCUAUUGUAACGCAAUAUAUCGCACUGCAAUCACAGAACAGGCAGGAUGAUCUGGAUGACGAUAGCCUCGUUCAGACAUGGGUUCCUAGUGCUAUAAUCAGAGUAAGACUCUAUCAUGCAUGGAUUAAUAUCUCAAAGAUAUUUAUCUUAUCACGACCAAGACGUAGGCUGUUUGGUCGGAGGAAGCUCAGAAGAAAUUUAAAUUCGGAGUGCCCGUCUAGACAGAGUUACUCCGACCAACAUGACCAAGAUACUCCUGGAAACAAGAAAUAUAUCUUUUUAAUUUUAAGCCAUGCAUACUAGAAAAUUUUUCUCCAACUAGGAUAAAACGAAAGUUAUGUUAUUUUUAAGUCGGAGGAAGGUACACCCAGUCAAGAUGCAGAUAGACAUGAAUAGUAAAUCCAUAGAAAAUGUAACUCAGCUUAAAUAUCUGGGUGUCACUUUCAGUCAUAUUCCGGACUUGUCUUUUCACAUCAAUCCCAUCAUUAAACAGAUCAUGAAUUCUAUAAUAUGCAUGCGGAGAAUCAGGCACUGUCUGACAAAAGACGUACUCGCCCAUUUGUAUUUUUCAUUAAUCCUUCCUCAUAUCGACCACUGUUCAACUGUUUGGGGAUCAUUAAAAGUGAAAGAUUUGCAGCGACUUCAGAAGUGUCAAAACGUCAAAACAAAAUAUUGUCGUUUGGUAUUAGAUGCAGACUACUACACCCCAGUCCAGAAUGUGUUACACUCUCUGAAGUUACAAUCUGUCAAGAAAAGAGUGGAUUAUAAUUACCGAAUACUUAUGUAUAAAACUUUAAACGGUCUUGCUCCUGGUUAUUUAAUGCAAAAUAUUUCUCUGAGACCUAAUCGCUAUCCUACUAGAUCAAUCUCAUCUCAACAAUUGUAUCUCGCAAAACCAAGAACCGAGUAUAAAAAACAUUCAUUCUCCUAUACAGUGCGUCCCACAAAAAAAAACGAAACCGAAAUUUAUCGAUGAUUUAUCAUAACUUAAUCAUUA